AUGACUACAGCAGUACCUCCAACAAGAAAUAUCGUUGUAGAGAGAGUGGAAAAGUUUAUCAGUGAUACCUAUUUCACUGAUGUAAACAUCAAAGGUCGUAUCUAUACUCAUUUUGAACCAUCAGCUGUACAAUUACAGGUAUCAGAGCGUUGUGAUCGUAUUCCAUAUAGAGAUGCAUUGAAUCUAAAGUAUGAAGCAUGCACUGUUGGUAGAUCGUUUGGACCUAGUUGGGCAACUUAUUGGUUCAAGUUGGACAUUGAAGUUCCAUCAACAAUGAAAGGUAAAGAAGUACAUUUACUUUGGAACAGUAAUUCCGAAGCAUUGAUUUGGAGAGAUGGUGUUCCAAUUCAAGGUUUGACCGGUGGAACAUGGGUAGACAAGAGAAUAGAAUUUAAAUUAACCAAUAAUUCAUCUGGUAAUGAGAAAUAUCACUUAAUGGUUGAAAUGGCAUGUAAUGGUAUGUUUGGUGUUGGAAAGGAUGGCCUUAUCAAUCCUUGCGAUCCCGAUAAAACAUUUGCUUUGAGUAAAUGUGAGUUGGCAGUGUUUGAUAACGAGUGCUAUCAGUUGUAUACCUACUUUACGAUGCUCUACGACAUUGCCAAGAAUUUUCCAGAGGGAUCGCUUCGUAGCAAUCAAGCACUGUACGUGGCGAAUAAUAUGAUUAACUACUGCGAUAUCAAUGCUCGUGAAACUUGGGCACCAUGCAUAAAGAUGGCCAAAGAGUUUUUCAGUCAGAAAAAUGGAGAUAGCCAACACUCGGUGCUCGCCACCGGACAUUGUCAUAUCGAUGUCGCCUGGCUCUGGCCAUACGCAGAGACCAAGCGUAAAGCAGCCCGUUCGUUUGCCACUCAGAUUCUCUAUAUGGACUACUAUCCAGACUACCAAUUCGUCCAGUCACAAGCUCAGCUUUAUUCAUGGACAAAACAACUCUAUCCAGAGCUGUACGAUAAGAUCAAACAAAAGGUAAAGAGCGGACAGUUUGUCACCACCGGUGGAACCUGGGUGGAGAUGGACGGUAAUCUACCGAGUGGUGAGAGUUUUAUUCGUCAGUUCCUCUUUGGUCAGCGAUUUUUCAAGCAGGAAUUCGGUGCCUAUUGCACAGAGUUUUGGUUGCCAGACACCUUUGGAUAUAGUGGUCAACUGCCACAGGUGAUUCGUCACAUGGGAAUCGCCAACUUUAUUACACAGAAACUAAGUUGGAAUAAUAUCAACAAGUUCCCUCAUUCCUCUUUCCACUGGGAGGGUAUCGAUGGCAGCAGAGUUCUCUGUCACUUCCCACCUGCCAACACCUACAAUUCCGCUGCCGAUGUCAAGGAGGUCGUGCUCUCGAUGACCAACAACAAGGAUGCUCAGCGUGCCAACAACUCUUUGCUUGUCUACGGACAUGGUGAUGGCGGUGGUGGUCCAACCAUUGAGAUGUUGGAGCGUUUGACAAAGAUGCCCAAUACCGAUGGAAUUCCAAAGGUGACACUCGGAUCGCCACGCGACUUUUUCGAGCGUCUCCAAGUCGAUGCUCAUAAGCUGAAUGCAUGGGUUGGUGAGCUCUACUUUGAGCUUCAUCGUGGAACAUACACCUCGCAAGCCAAUUGUAAGCGUGGAAACAGAAAGUGUGAAUUCUUGUUGCACGACGUCGAAGCAGUGUCUACGAUUCUCGAUGCCAAUCGCGUUGAAUCCUUCAAGUAUCCAAACUUGAAUGAACAAUGGGAGUUGCUUUUGUUGAAUCAGUUCCACGAUGUUCUUCCGGGAUCAUCGAUUGGAUUGGUCUACAAAGAUGCUGCGGAACACCACAAGAAGAUCGAGAGUGAUUGUAUCCAGCAUUUGAAUGGUUCACUCGGUUUGCUUGGCAGUGCAACUGGAACGGAUGUCCUCUUUUUCAAUCCAACCGGUUUCACUGUUGAAAAGGUUAUCGAGUUGCCAAUCAACACCAUUCCAACACCACAGAUCUCGUCAUCCGGUAAAUCGUUGGCUCUCAUCAAGGUGCCUGCCUAUGGAUUCACCAAGAUGUCGGCAACCGCAAUGACAUCGUCACUCAGUUCAUCCGCUGUUUUGUCAACCGUACAACUCACAGUGAAAAUCGACGAAUCCAACUCGGAUCACUACCAGAUCUCCAACUCAUUCAUCUCGCUCUCCAUCAAGAAAGACGGAACUAUUUCCAGUCUGGUCGACCGUGCUCUCAACCGUCAAGUUAUCGUACCCGGUCAGUUUGGUAAUAGAUUUGUGCUGUACGACGACAUUCCAUUGUUCUGGGACGCUUGGGACGUCGAAAUCUACUCACAGGAAAAGUCGAAACUGGCUGGUCCCGCCACAAGUAGCCGUGUCUUGGAGAGCGGACCACUCAGAGUGAUCGUCGAGUUUGAACACGCCAAUUUCGCACAUCAAUCCACCUUGAAACAACGUGUUAUCAUGUACGCCAACACGAGUCGCGUCGAUUUCGAAACCAACAUCGAAUGGCACGAAGCUCACAAGAUGCUGAAAGUCGAAUUCCCAACGACUCUUCGCGCAACCACCGCUUCCUACGACAUACAAUUCGGACAUGUUCAACGUCCAACUCAUUUCAAUACCUCUUGGGAUGUCGCCAAGUUUGAGGUGUGCGGACACAAGUGGGCGGAUCUCUCAGAGUACGACUUUGGAUUGGCGUUGCUCAACGACUGUAAAUACGGAUAUUCCGUGCAUUCCGGCGUAAUGAAACUCAGUUUGUUGCGUGCACCCAAAGCACCGGAUGCCGAUGCCGACAUGGGUAGCCACCAAUUUACCUAUUCACUCUAUGUACACAAGGGUAAUCUUCAACAGGGUGACGUCGUUGCACAGGGUUAUCAAGUCAAUUGUAAUCUCUACAGUCAGUUGGUCGAUGCCGACUACCAGAUCCUACCGACAUUGAUCAGUGUUGCCGGAAGUAACUCUGCAGUGUUGGAGACAAUCAAACGCGCCGAAGACAACAACGGAUACAUCGUCAGAGUCUACGAGUCGUUCGGUGGUCAUACCAACUUCCAUUUCGUAUCGGACUUGUCCAUCAAAAACAUUCAAGAGGUCAACGGUCUCGAAGAACCAAUCACACCAACCACUCAAAUUAAAUUGAACACCAAAGUUGGUUUAACACCAUUCCAACUCAAAUCAUUUAGAAUACAAUUAUAA